AUGGGCGCACCGGCAUUAGCUGCAUUCAACUCCAGUCUUUAUCAUACUCUUUGGGGAUUGGCUAAGAAGAUGACUGUCGCCGAAUAUCCUCAGGACUAUGAGAAUCUGCGUCACAAGACUGAUUUCGUGUUCACCGUUCGAAUACCUAGGAUACUGUUGACGCCGAUUGGCAUUUGGCCGUUGGACAGAAGCGACUCGAUCCACGGGGACGUCAGAUCGGUUGUCCAGGUCGGGAUGAUCUUUGUUUUGAUGUGUUUUCUACUGGUACCCCAUGUGAUAUACACAUUCCACGACUGCGAAGACCUGACCAGGUACAUGAAGGUGAUCGCCGCGCAGGUGUUCAGCCUCCUGGGGAUCAUCAAGUUCUGGACGAUGAUCUUCAGGAAGAAGAGGAUGCGUGCUUGCUUGGCGCAGAUGCAGCUGCAGUACAUGUACGUCGAAUGCGAGGAGGAUAGGCUGGUGAUGAAGAACGCGGCUAAAAUUGCCAGAUUCUUCACGACCGUUUAUUUGAGCCUCUGCUUCGGCGGCGCUUUGCCGUAUCAUAUGAUCUUGCCAUUGUUGUCCGAGAAGGUCGUCAAAUCGGACAACACGACGCAAAUACCUUUGCCCUAUCUGAGCAACUACGUUUUCUUCGUGAUCGAGGACUCGCCUCUCUACGAGAUCACUUUCGUCACGCAAAUUGUGAUCAGCACUAUUAUACUGUUCAUCAACUGCGGAACCAACAGCCUGAUCGCCAGCAUGACGAUGCACUCUUGCGGAAUGUUCGAAGUUGUGAACAGGCAGCUGAGAUCGCUUUUCGAUCGCGACAAAGACGAGAUGAAAGGGUGCCUUAGGGAUAUUGUUCGGCAUCAUCUGAAAGCAAUUGCGUUUGCAGAAUUGAUCGAGACAAAUUUAAACGCAGUGUUCCUCACGGAAAUGGUCGGCUGCACUCUCAUCAUAUGUUUCCUCGAGUACGGAGUCAUUAUGGAGUGGGAAGAUAAAAAUAUGUUCAGUAUGGUGACGUAUUUCCUUCUGAUGACGUGGAUGUUCUUAAAUGUGUACAUAUUAUCGUACAUCGGCGAUUAUCUGAAACGAGAGAGCGAGAAAGUGAAAUUCACUUCGUACAGCAUGCCCUGGUACAACUAUUCUAAAGACGUAAACGAGAAUUUAAGGUUAAUAAUGCUUCGACCUCUUCGACCGACGUGCUUCACCGCCGCUAAGUUCUUCGACCUCUCGUUCCACGGAUUCUGCGAAGUUGUCAAAACUUCUGCGGCCUAUUUGAACUUUCUUCGAACGAUGACAGGAUGA